GCGGGCGGGUUUCCCCAGGCUACGGUUGGGGCCGCCGCCCGCUGGUUCGCCGCCCUGCGCCAUGGCGGGCUGCGCGGCGCGGGCUCCGCCGGGCUCCGAGGCGCGCCUCAGCCUCGCCACCUUCCUGCUGGGCGCCUCGGUGCUCGCGCUGCCGCUGCUCACGCGCGCCGGCCUGCAGGGCCGCACCGGGCUGGCGCUCUACGUGGCCGGGCUGAACGCACUGCUGCUGCUGCUCUACCGGCCGCCGCGCUACCAGAUAGCCAUCCGAGCCUGUUUCCUUGGCUUUGUGUUUGGCUGUGGAGUGCUGCUAAGUUUUAGCCAGUCUUCUUGGAAUCACUUUGGCUGGUAUAUGUGCUCCUUGUCAUUAUUUCACUAUUCUGAAUACUUAGUCACAGCCGUCAAUAAUCCCAAGAGUCUGUCCUUGGAUUCCUUUCUCCUGAAUCACAGUGUGGAGUAUACAGUAGCAGCUCUUUCUUCUUGGAUAGAGUUCAUACUUGAAAAUAUCUUCUGGCCAGAACUGAAGCAGAUCACCUGGCUCAGCGCCACGGGGCUGCUGAUGGUGGUCUUUGGAGAGUGUCUGAGGAAAGCGGCGAUGUUUACAGCUGGUUCCAAUUUCAACCACGUGGUGCAGAAUGAAAAGUCAGAAACCCACACUCUGGUGACAAGCGGAGUAUACGCUUGGUUCCGGCAUCCUUCUUAUGUUGGGUGGUUUUACUGGAGUAUCGGAACCCAGGUGGUGCUGUGUAACCCCAUCUGCGGCGUGAGCUACGCUCUGACAGUGUGGCGCUUCUUCCGCGACCGCACGGAGGAGGAGGAGAUCUCGCUGAUCCACUUUUUUGGAGACGAGUACCUGGAGUAUAAGAAGCGGGUGCCCACGGGCCUGCCUUUCAUAAAGGGGGUCAAGGUGGAGCUAUGAUAGGCCCGGACGGCCCAGGCCAGGCCGGGGGGCCUCCCACUCCAGGCAGCGUGGGACGGAACUGCUUCCUGUCGGCCACUCUGCAGAACGGACUUUCUUAAAUCAUUUUGUAUGUCACCAGUUACUCUUCUGGAAUAUCACUCAAGAUCAAAUGGUCAGAAGGCCUUAGGACCAAAGGACCCCCCUCCCACCCCCACUCCCACCUCCCCCUGCCCUGGAGCAGCGUGAUCUCGGGCUGCAUCAAGGUAGGACGCAGAUUAAAGGUGGACGAGAUGCAGAUAACAGCAGUACUCGGCAGUGCCCCCCCGACGUGCCCGGGGAGAGCCUAGGCCACACUCCAUCCCCCACGAGGCCAGGGCUGUUAAGUUGUGACCAAGACCUCUGGGGAGAGGGGGGCUCGCUCCUGACGCUGAGUGCGGCUCCUGCAGCAGGAAGGGGUACGUGGGCACCAGUACCUACUAGCGUUAGAAACCCAUUCAGAAUCCUUACUUUGGCCGAAACACACAGACAGCACAGCUUUAACCUCCCUGUUUCUGUCCUUAAGUGCAUGAGCAUCUCUAUAGUUUUAAAGACACUUCCUUAUAAGGCACUUUGGCUCUUCAUAUAUCUCAUCAUGUUUACUUACCUGUUUUCAAAAACAGCAGUAUGAACUCAGGGGACUCGCUUGGCGUGUGAGCCCCACCUUUUAUUUGGCAGAAAGGCAGCACAGACACCUCCAGAUGACUCAGCUGACGCUUUGUGUUACCAGGGCUCCCCGGGCCAGGGAGACUGUGGGCCCCUGUGGCUUUCCUGGGUCCUGGCUCCUCCCAGAAGGGGGCUGUUACCAGUGACAGGCAUGUCAAAGAUGUGUCAUUUCUCCUUUAUCCAAAAAAAUGCUUCCUGGACACCUGCUCUGUGCAAGGCAUUGUUAAACGUUGAGAAAUA